AUGAACAAGCGUUUAAAUGACUUAGGUUUGCAAGUAAUGGUUCGGAAAAGGCCUGGUGGUGUUGUUGAUAUAUCUAGUUCUGAUGAUUCUGAAAAUGAUGAUUUGGAUGAUGUCCAAUGUUCUCAACUUCCUUAUAUGGAUUAUGAUUUAUAUCAAUCUGCUUCGGAUACUCUGGAUGUAUCAGAUGGUGAUUCUUCUAGUGACAAUUCAAGUUUUGACCGACAUUUGUAUGAGAAGUGCUUGAAAGAUUAUGAGAAGAUUAGGAAUAUGAAGAGAAGGCUGAAAAUUGCAUUGAGCCAUAAGGUAAUCUCAUCGACUGAGGAGUUAGUUCAUGUUGUUCUAGAUCUUCCUGUUGGUACAAGACCCUUCCCUUCUGAUCCAAGUGCUGGCAAGGAUUUUGUAUUAUCAAAGUUUGGAAAGUCUAAGAUCCCGCCAGUUUCUUUUUUUGCUGAUAAGUUGAUCAAGAGGGAAGAUUUGUCAGAUGAGGACAUGCUUAUUUGUUUCAUGAUUGUUGCUUUGAGCAGUUUCUUGUGCCCCAAUACGAAUACUGUUUCGAGCCCAAAGUACUUUGGCAUAUUUGAAGAUGUUGAGCACAUUAAAGAUUUGAAGUGGUGUGCUUAUGUGCUACAUUGGUUACUUGAUCAUCUCAAGGCAUUCAAUGGAGGUAAAGAUGAUAAAGGGAAAUGUUGUUUAGGUCUUGGUGGUUAUCUGUAUCAUCUUGCGGUUGUUUACCUGGAUCAUAUUGAUUUCCGACAAAGGCAACUUGUAGGCUCUAUUCCUCAAAUAUCUGUGUUGAAGGGUGAUUUGAUUCAGUUUUAUGCUAAUCUUGACAUCAAAUCUCCUGAUGUUUAUGGUUACAGACCUUUGCUUGACUUUGAGAAAACAUGCUAUUAUAAGCUCUCUUUAACUUUGAAGUUCAAGAUAUCUCAGUUGGUUGACAAGCAUUCCUUUAACUGUGGUUCGUCCUUCAAUUUGGAUAUCAUUUCUCUUGGGAAUGUGUCCAAAGACUUCCAAGAUAUGUUCACAAAGUUGACGCGGCAUACUGAUCCAUCUGUUGAAGAUGAUGAUCCCUUAUCUGUUGCUGCAAGUCCAGAUGAAGAUAAAAGUGAUCCUGUUAUUGUUCCUGAUUAUGUUCCUAAAGUCUCUCAGAGUAUACGUGUUGGUAAUAAUCAACCUAUUGAUGUUGAUUUGGAGGAGAAGUUGAAAAAGAGAUGUUCCAUUGUUUUAAGCCAGAGAUUGAAACCUAUGUCUACCCCUGAGAUGGGUGCUAAAGUCAGGCUUGUUCAUGCUUCUAUUUGUAACCCUUUGGCUGACAAAACUAAUGUUGCUUCUCAUUCUGGUGGUUGCCAUAUUUCUUCUAAUUUGGAUAGGGAUGUCAUUCUUAUUGAUAAAGAGAAUGUUGUUAUCCCUGAUUUGAUUCUGUCUCCCCAUUUCCUUUUCGACAUCGAUCUAGAUUAUUUCCAUCUAAGGAUCGUGUAA